UCUCUCUCCACUCUCCUCUCCCCUUUUCCUCACACAAAAACACACCAAUCUCCAGUCUGGAAACCCUAAAAUGGAGAACAAUCAAACUCCAACAAAACAACGAUAUAUUAUUGCCGGCCCGGAUAAAGUUGAGAUCAACAGAUCUUAUGCUCCAUCCCGUAGAUCGUCGUAUUUUGAUCUUCUAGAUUCUGCAUACACUGGGAAUCUAGAUCGUUUCAAGAUUAUAGCUUCAAGGUACGAUGACAGAGGGGAUGGAUUAGCAAUAACGGUCGAACGUCUUAAGGAUAGACUUGGAAGAGGAUCUCUUAUUUUUGCUGCUGCUGGAGGAAGCGUAAAUGUCUGUAGAUACUUGAUUGAAGAGUUGAAUCUUGAUAUCGAUGUGAAAGAUUACCAUGGUGGAACUCCCUUAUGUUAUGGAGCUGUAAAAGGACAUCUGAACUCUGUAGAGUAUCUUCUUGAGAAGGGUGCCAAUCCUAAUGGUUCAAAUGACCCGAAUAGUACAUUUAAUGCUCCUUUGCAUUAGGCUAU